CCAAAGGGCAUUUUCAAAGUGUAGCGGUGAAGCAAUAACCCAAAACCAUAUUACAUUUCAUUUCAAUUCAACCACUGUUCUAGUUACUUACUUCACCAUUCAUUUUCAUUUUUCAAUAUAAACACAUGCUCAAUAUUUCAUAGCAUUAUGCAUUACAUAAGCAUUGUGUGAGUACAAACUAGUAAGAAGUUGAAACAACAAAAAAAUGGAGACACAUAGUGAGCUAAGAGUAUCAUCAAAGUUCAAAAGGGUUUGUGUGUUUUGUGGGAGUAGUCCUGGCAAGAAAAGUAGCUACCAAGAUGCUGCUAUUCAACUUGGCAAUGAAUUGGCUGUGUAUAUGUAAUUGUUAAUGGUUUGUGAAGGUCUCAAGGAAUAUUGAUCUAGUUUAUGGAGGGGGAAGCAUUGGUCUUAUGGGUUUGGUUUCACAAGCUGUUCAUGAUGGUGGUAGACAUGUCAUAGGAGUUAUUCCCAAGACACUCAUGCCUAGAGAGCUAACUGGUGAAACGGUGGGAGAAGUAAAGGCUGUAGCAGAUAUGCAUCAAAGGAAGGCAGAGAUGGCUAAGCAUUCAGAUGCCUUUAUUGCCUUACCAGGUGGUUAUGGGACUCUAGAGGAGCUUCUUGAAGUCAUAACCUGGGCUCAACUUGGGAUUCAUGACAAACCGGUUGGAUUAGUAAAUGUUGAUGGAUAUUUUAACUCAUUACUUUCAUUCAUUGACAAAGCUGUGGAAGAGGGAUUCAUUAGUCCAAAUGCGCGCCACAUAAUUGUAUCGGCACCUACAUCAAAAGAGUUAGUGAAGAAAUUGGAGGAUUAUGUUCCUUGUCAUGAAGGUGUUGCUUCCAAGUUAAGCUGGCAGAUGGAACAACAGCUAGCUUUUCCUGAAGAGUAUAACAUCUCAAGGUAGCUGAGUUUAGUGUACUUGAUGUGCAAGGAAGAUGAGACUAGAUAGAAUUUUGGAGGUGGAAGAAUCAGUUAUUCUGUUUUAAUUUUUUCCUCCUGAAGAAAUUUCUUUUUGUAAAGUACUGGGAUUGACUUGAAAAAUGUGAAAUUACUUUGUACCCUUGUUUUGAAAACUGAUUUCCCUUCUUAAGUUGUAAUUACUAGGGGCUUCUGAACUUAUUAGUCAAUGUCAACUAAUUUUUACCCCUUUAAUUAAUGUAUUUCUUUGACACUAAUUAUUCUAAUAUGCCUUUAUUCUUAUA